AUGUCGCCCAGGGAGAAAGGCUGGCUCUCUUACCGGCUGGUGGUUUCAACUUUAUGGAUGGCUGUCAGCAUCUUUAACUGGACAGAGUCGUCUGCCGAUCCUCUUCUGGCAGUUCAAUGGCCUCCGAUAGUGUGUAAGGUGAAGAACUGGACUUCCAAAGCUUGUAAACAAAACAACUGGACAAUUCAUGGCUAUUGGCCAAGUCAACGUUGUCAGGGGAAAAGUUAUGACCCAUCUGUAAUGAAUCCUCUAAAGAGAAAGCUGAAUGUCAUCUGGCCAAAUUUAUCUGGGAAACCCAAUGACAAAUUUUGGCAGUCAGAGUGGAACAAACAUGGCGAGUGUCUUAAACUACAUUUAUCUCAGUGUGACUACUUCAAAAAAGCCAUCAGCAUCUAUGACAGGGUGUUUAAAAACUGCAGUCGUACAAAACCUUGGGUGGAACUUGAAAAAUGCCUUAAGCAAGAUAAUUUCACAAUUACAGGUCCUAUGAAAGAUGGAGAAAUUAAAAUCAAUGUUAAAAAUUAUCGCAUUUAACAUCGCAAAUCACCAAACGCCAACUGCAAAAUGCCUGCUCGGGACCAGCUAGUGCUAUAAUUGGUGGAAAUGCAAAACUGCUGGCUUCAAACUGAACCCUUCCUGGAGACAGAGAGAAAGAGACAGACUGAGAGGGAGAAAGAGACAGACAGAGAUAGACUGAG